AGUGCCCCGACAGUCCAGUGAUCGCGGCCGUGACGAAAGGACGUCGUAACGUGCGUCGAUCGAGCGUCGACAACGAGCCGCGCGGCCUAAAGCCGGGAAAAAUACCGGCCGACCGGUUGACAUUAGAAGCGACUGAUUUUUCUUUCGCUCCGAGACGCGUCCCUCAGAUGCAACGCUAAGUAUCAUCCUCACGAUACGAUAAUCGUGUAGCGAGUUCUGUUGGAUCCCAGUUAUUUCCGCCGUCGUACUGUCGUAGCCGCCUCACACGGAAGGAACGAAGAAACGGUAACAGUGCAGGUGGCGAUAUUUGGCAGGGAGGGGGGGGCGAUAUCGAGGAAGGGUGUGUGCCACUCAGGAUCGAGGAAAAACCGGAACGCCGGACGGCCAGCCGUCCAGUCCGGUAAAUCUACACACAGGCUAGUCACAAUUCUCACCCAGGAUGGGACUGACCGUCACUGAGGACACACCGGCGGACAUGCUGGCUGGGAACAUGGAACUCCUGGUUCAGCUUCCGCCCCGAAACGAUGACGACUAUGAUAACGACGAUACGUACGAUGGGGAUGACGACGAGCACCGUCAUCAAAACGGUCGGAAUCAUCACCGUUACCACAAUCAUCACAUCACAAAUGGACAUCAUCCUCGUCGCACUGGGAACGGAAAUGCGCGAAGAGUAACUGUGGCCAGAAGCACACCGAUGAUGGAUCUCCUCGUCCAAGUGGCAACGUCCCAGAAAUUGUCUGCGUCCAGCUACACCCUCGAGGCUAUUGGAGAACACGGCUUGGUGCUCACCCAUCAUCCUAACACACCGAUCGGCGCGCUGGACGCGUUACAGGUGAAGCUGCUACCCAAACAAGGCACGUUCGCGCCGAUGAAGACGAGGCACGCAAACCAACCGUUCGAACCGACGUUUCGGUUACAGGUCCAUUUGCCAAGGAAUCAGUUAUACGUGUCCAGGGUAAGCUCGAGGAUGAACCUGGGAAAAAUUCUCGACGAGGUCUGUCGCGAGAAAAACCUCGACAGGAAUAACUACGAGCUUCGACAUCCCGCGAACAUCGAGGAGACGCUCGACCUGUCGCUGUCGCUGCAGGACUACCAUCUCCAGGAGGUGACUCUCUGCCCGAAGCGUCGUCCGUUGGGAUCGUCGCUUAGCUCGCAGGAUAUAAUGGCGCUUCAACGUCAGGAGGAGAGGCGACGUCAGGAAGCGAAACAGAGCGUCUUUGGUUUCGCGUUUAAAAAAUCAAAGGAGAGCUCUCUCAGUACCGAUAGCCUUGGCGAAAGAAGCGUUUCUCCGGCUCGUAGCGACGGUACCGGAAGGAGCGUGAGUCCUCAGGCACCGACGGUACCCAUGAGGCCUCAGCGGAAACGGCGACCGGCUCCGAAGCCGCCGCUUCCUCGCGCCGAGGUCGAGACCAGCCCCAGUCCCAAGGAACCCAAGGAUACGGAAAAGGACAACGAGAGGGAUAAGGCUGAGAAGACGAUCAUCAGCCACAGUCGCAACAGCAGCGAUAGCUCAGGAUAUCACGAGGCAUCUGUACUCAGUGAUAAUCUCGACUCCAACAUCAGGGCAGUCCCCGAAACACUACCGAGGAGAAGCAGGCUUCAGACGCCAUUGUCGGUUGAGUCUCCAGGAAGAACACUGGCCGAGACUUCGCAGGCAAGCAAGAGUCUCGGGAAUUUGGCUGCAGCUUCUUCUAACCAGAGAGUUACCAUCGCUCGUGGAACCAGCAACUCUUCCCUCAGUUCAGCAGGUUUACGAAAGAAAAAAGCUGCUCCAGCACCGCCGCCACCGUCGAGGCCUUUAACCUCGUCAAUCUCGACUCAGGCUCUUGAGCGCAUCGUGGAUUCCGAAGAGUCCUUCAACUCCGUCGCUGAGACGUCGUUGCCGACUAAAGCGUCAUCGGAUGUUGCCGUUGCUACUACUAAAUUAAGUCUGCAAGCCCAGCCGCGGUCCAGUUUAGGGUCUGAAAAUUGGGCCUCGAUCACACCAAAGAUCGACGAAGUGCAGGUCGAAGAGAAACCUGCUGCGGUCAACCUCGACUCGGCUCGAUCCUCCGAAUCAGUUAUAUUUUCGGAAAAUUCGACGCCUAGCGUCGUACCGAGUACCAAGGUCGUCGAGGUCGCAGCAAUCAUUCCUAACGUAGAAAUCGCUAGUGCAGAACGCAAACGAGUCGCCCCGGUCCCGAAGCCCCGUGGAUUGAUUCACGGGUUGGAAAACGCUGCUAACACUUCCACCCCUCCCAUCAAAUCACCGCCGUAUCUACCCUCGCCCACGCCAAGAGACCAAGCCACGCUAAAAGCGGAUGCGGAUGUGCAGAUCGCACCGAAAACAAGUCCCGAAACAACGACGACAGAUUUGCUCAAAAAAGUUUCGGAUACACUUUCCAGUUCUCUUAUACGAUCACCGGUUGCUGUGGCUGUGGUUCCAUCCUUGGUCAAAGAUUUGGAACUACCAGUGGAGUCGAAAAGGACGGAUGUACCGAUGCCGAGAGACGAAGAAUCGGUCUCCACAUCGGAUGUCGGCAAAGACGUGCCAGACUUUAUCGACGCUCAUCAUCAGCCCUCUUUACCCGACUGGGAAUACCAGCUUCCUGAGCCUCCAAGCGGCUUCAGGGACAUCGAGCCCCCGGCGACGAAGGAAGGUGAAAAAAUUUCGAUUGCAAAACCAGAACCAGUUCGCGAAUUGGAAAAAUCGAUUGCGGAUGAAGCACUCAAGGACAGAACGGCGGUCGAAGCGAAGCGGAAGGACGUCAGCGCCCCGGUAGCACCGACUCCAAGGGGAGCGCCGAUCAUCGAAGACGACGGCGAUCAUCAGAGCAAACGGAGUCGAAGGAAGUCUGGGAGUGAAAGUAGCUCCAGAAGGACUUCCCAUGUCUCUUCGACUCCCGGUGUUGCGCCGGCGGACAAUACCUUGUCGAAUUUCGUGAUAACUACCUACUCGCGGCCAAAGAACGUUGACAUCUUCGGCGAGAUCGAGCGCGUCGAUCGCGAUCCGGAACCGCUCCUGAGUCGCAAAAGCUCGAGUGCCAGUCAAACUCGCAGAGAAUCGCCCAGGAGCUCGACUUCCUCGCUGUCCCAAAGCGAGGAAAGGCAGCUUACGAGCGCCGAUGGAACGCUGCAGAGACCGGAAGUCGCUUUGCCGGUCCGCGGAGAUGCCGAUUCGCCCCACAUGGUCAGCAAGGCGAAUAUCAAGAUGUCCAUCCCCGCGAAACCCAGGUCUCGGGGCGACUCCGUAAGCGGUAAUCAGGCUCUCAAAGCUACCGUUCACGAUGCUUCUGACGAUGGACAUGGUGCAACUGAAAUUGCGAUGCCCGAUGAAAAAACGCCGACGGUUAAUAACGAGAAGUUCUCUCAGUGGAGGGAGAAUAUUUUGAAGAAACAGGAAACACCGAGCAGAGAACGGCAGUUGCAAUCUUUACAGGUUCUAAGAGGCAUUUCGCCCCAGAUUGAUGACUCUCAAAGACAGCCAGACGACACCAGCACGGUCGAAAAAACCGUUUACACUUCCGCCGUUGAAACGAGAGUCGAAGCCGUCACAGCCCCAAGUAACGGAGAAACAGCCGCAGAGCCGAGUCCUCAAGCAGCACCUCCUGCAUCCGUUGCAGCUCCGAUUGAACCACAUGUAAAGCGUUACACCUACGCAGGACCACCAGCGAUAGACCUUGGCAGCUGGUCGGACAGAUCCAGGACCAAAGUUCAGAUAAAACCGGACACAGACUACAAGUUCGAAAAGAGUCCUAUUCCCGGAACGGCGAGGAGCCAACACGAGGCUCCGAAGACUCUGAGUUACAAAGAGGGCAACGCUGUUAGUAGAACCGUCCUAAACGUGGUUUCUCAGACAGCAACAACGCCGAGUGUUGUCGUAAGAAAUACGCUGACGAAGUCAUCGAGGUCCGAGAAGGAACCUACGGUCGAUAGUAAUCACGAUAGAAAAGAGCCAAACGAGCUGGCAAAGACGCUUAUCACUCGGACAACUGCCUCCGGUUUCAAGCGACCGGCUUCUAUAGCCGUGUUCGAAUCCUCGGUGAUGAUUUCGAGAGAAAAAGAGACCCCAAAAAGGCCGGAGAUCGUUAAUGGGACCGGAAAUCGAGGGGAGUCGAACAAGUCCUUCGCCGCAACGGAGAGCGAGGUCGACACGAGGCCGCUGAGCUUUAAGGAGCUGAAACAGGCGUUCGCCAGGGAGAAAAACGGGAGUGUGCAACCGGUGCCGAGGUUUGGGAGCCUCGGUCGAAGACCCGAUAAUUCGAUGAGCGGAACGUUGGUACGGAGGGAUAACGAAGCGGAGAAUCAAACCUCCUUCCGGAACGGAGUGAACGGUCAGAGGGUGGAGAACAAGACCGUGGCUUCGGAGAAGAAGAACUUCGUUACGCCAGCGACUCGCGGAAUCGGUGUAUUCCAACACGACGUUUUGGGCACUGCACGCCGGACCAGCCGAGGAACUUUGAUGCCCGUUGUCAAGGGAUUCAAGGUCGUUCCUCCCGAGGAAGAGCCAGCAGCUUUGUCGCAGGACAAAUCACACAUCCACAGAGUCGCGAUAGGCGACAUUUCGAAUGGGAAUUACGUACCUGCCCAAAACGGUCUGAGAAAAACCGUCGUUCAGAUCAAGGGAGACAGUCAAAGUAACAACAACUCUAACAACAUUCCAAAACCGCCGCCAACUAUGCCCGUCAUAACGGGCGUCACCCUCAAAAGCACCAACGCCAAUGGAAGACCAAAGUCUAUGGUCGUUGCUGCCGACCCGAGGAACGAUCUCUUGGAGUCUAUUCGGGGAUUCGGCGGAUCUGGACAGCUGCGGCAUGUCUCACGAAGGAAUACCAACAUCAGUGGUGGGUCAGGCUCGCGAUUUGUACAUAACUAAGGGAACGUCAGCGAGUAAUUCUGCAACGCUGUUCUGCUCGCAAUUAUCAGCCAGGUGUACAUAAUUUUUCAAAAAUAUUCAUUGAGUUGGAUUGGUUUUGAAUAAUUAUUGUCCAUAAAUUUAGAAUGGCGUUAAUUGCGAGGUCAAUCAACUAGACGAGGUAAACUGAAGCGGUUCAUGGAAAGGAAUGAAUAUUGUCAUUUAAUAUAACGCAAAAACUAAUCUAUCAUAGCAUACUAAACUCGAAAUAUAUGGAUUACUAGUCAUUUCUUUCCAUCUGCAUAUAUAACGUGUAUGUAUUAUAAAGUAAAAGAUUUGAUGUGUGUAUAUAAUAUACAUAUACAGGUACAUAGAUAGAUAGAUAUAUAUAUAUAUAAAUAUAAUAUUGAAUUAACGCGUGGUAAAAAUAUUUCCACUUUAGGUGCUACUUUAUGGUGUGUAUUUAGUCAUAUUCUGUAUAGGAUACUUUGGAGCGAUAUUAUUCGAAAAAUAAUGCUCGCAAGACGACUGAGACGACGAAAGUAAAAGCGUAAAACUUUGUACCCAGGCAGAAUUUACUUAUACUAGAAAAAUGAGGAGUGAAAAAGCAUUGAAAAAAAGUGCGUUGAAAAAAGUUACGAGUUAUUAUUUUCAGUUAUUAUUUUAUGGUCAUUAACAUUCGCCGUUGUAUACAUUGUGUUUAACGAAAGGACAGUCAUGCACAUGAUGUGUCUAUUAUUAUUAUAUACAUACGAUAUACAUAUAGUUUGUUUUUUAGUUCUACCAAAGCGUCAUUUUGUUACAUUUGACAAGAAUUCUAUAAAAUUGAUGGUGAAUGUAUAAUAUAUUAAUUUAAAGAUUACCACACGAUGCGUACGUACAUAAUGCGUGAUAUAAUCAAUUUAAUUAUUUAACUAACACUUAUAUUAAACAUUGCAUAUAUAUUUAUCCGUAGUUAGUUAGAACCGAUGAUCCCGUUAUAUUUAAACAUUAAUAGAAAACAGUUGCAUAUACUUACUUCGAUUGUAAAUUUGUAUUACAAGAAAUUGCUUUGGAACCGCAGCAGUGAACGCAAAAAAUUGAUUCAUUAUGUUCUAAUCGAGGAGACUUUUCGAUAUGAAAUUGAGAUUUUAUGUUACGCAACUAUCGUUUGUUCGAUGCUUUGAUUCUAAUGAGAUUCAUUUUAUGAAUUUUUUUUACUAGUUAUCGUGCAACACAUGAAUAGUCUUUAUAUGUAAUAAUUACAUAUGAAUACGAUUUUGCCCACGUUUAUUAUGCCAUUGUUUACUAUGCAGUAUUAGAUUUGACAGGAUCAAGGUCAACGUAAGAGGCAGCACCCUUAAAAAGCAAAGAUUAAAACAUAUCUAUUAUCUUCUGUAAAUAUAUUAUGUUAAUGAUGAUGAAAGAAAACUUAUUAUUAUGUU